AGUAAAAUUUACGAUUAUAUCGUGUCUUUGUCUGUACAGUGUACUGUCUUACAGCCACAUAUCUCUUUAUGUCUAUAUCUUUCAUACCGCAACUGUUGGAUUUUAUAUUGCCCCUCAAUGAAUCGCGUCCGAUACUAAUGACAUAUCCAGGAUACUACUUCGUCGACGAAGAAAGAUAUUUUGUUUAUAUUUUUUCCCAUUCUAUCGUGUCGUGGGAAAUAGCUAUGACCGCGUUAAUUGCUCAUGAUUGCAUGUUUAUGACUUACGUUGAACAUGUUUGCAGCUUGUUUGCCGUGGUCGGAUUUCGUUUCGAAAAUUUAAUGUGCAGUAGUAGUGAAAAAGAAAAGCUUGUAAAUGCUGAUUUAGAUGUCAUCUAUAAGAAAAAAAUUGCGGUUAUUGUACAUACACAUCGAAAAGCUGUAAAAUACGUAAAACUUCUUGAAAGCACUUUUACCAUACCUUUUGCUAUACAAAUAUUGAUAGUAGUAAUAACAAUGAGUGUUACUUUGUUACAGAUCGCGCAACACAAUGAUGACAGCAAUAUUCUAGAAUUAAUAAGGUAUGUGUUGUAUGUUAUUGGCGAGUUGAUCCACUUGUUUGUUCUUAGUUUCGAAGGACAAAAGAUAAUAGAUCAUGGUAUUGAAAUACGUAACAAAAUAUACAACAGUUCCUGGUAUAAAGUAUCCAAAAAGUCUCAAGAGCUACUUAUAUUAGUGAUGAUGAGAACUCUUCAAUUGAGUUUCUUAACUGCCGGAAAAAUGUAUAUUUUCUCUCUGGAGAGCUUUAUGGCGGUUUUACAGGCUUCGAUGUCAUAUUGUACAGUACUUGCAAACUUUCAAUAGUGUUAUUUCUAUAUAUUCCAAUCAUACAUGCGAUACCAAAUAUUAUAUAUAUUUAUAUAUACAUCAUACGGCGUCAUAUAGAAAGCGAUAUGUUCUUAUUAUUUUUGUGUUACAAUUAUAUAUUUUGCAAAUGGAAAAGUUUUAUCGUCAAAAAAUGAGCCAAAUAAAACGUUAUAUUAAUAUGUCAUAUAUGUGUAAAAGAAUUUUUAAAAGUCUCUUUUUUAAAACUUUGCCUAUUGAUAACGCAGGUUUGUCCGUUUCUACUUUAUAAUUAAUCCGGCAAUUGUAAACGAUAUAUAUUGUCGCGUUCCCGCAGCGAUAUAUAUUAUAGCGUAAGAGAAAUAAAAUUCAGAACAGUUUCAAUUUAGAUA